CUGGAUCCAUCGAACAAUGAUGUCUGGUGUGAAGCGGAGCGAGGAAGAGGAAGAGACGUUCCCCGGUGUCGUAGAUUCGGCACCGAAAGAGCCGUCGUGGUGGAUGUAGAUCUUGGAAUCACAUUCAGAAAGCCGAGAGCGCCGUUGGAGACUCGACGAACCGAUUCUUUCAAGAAGUGGAUUGCACGCCACGAACUGGUUUUCACCGAAGACGGAUCCGAGCUCACCGAGCGUGAACGGACACGACUACUUCUCAGUUCGCUUGACGAACCAAGUUUCCAUCGAUUUAAAGAUUCUCAAAGAGAUGUUGAUGACAUCUAUGAGACGAAAUUCAAAGACACGAUUGAGGCUUUAUCUGUCAUAUUCGGAUCUCAUCGUAGCCUAAUUAUCAGACGACAAGAUUGUUUGCAAAUAAGCCGCAGCUCCGGAGUUUUUGAAGAUCCGUUAGAAUAUACUAAUCGGAUUGGCGAAGCAGUGCAAAAUGCUGAGCUAUCGAAAAUGACUUCUGACGACUGGGGGGUGUUUCUAUUCCUACGUGGUUUAGAUAAAACAAAUGACGGCGCAGCAAAACAGUUUUUGAUGCAAAUUUGCGAGGAAAAAGAGCGGAAAAAUGAGGAAAUUACACUAUCUCAAAUACACGACGAGUGGAUUAGAUUUAUUCAACUUAAAAAUCAAUCAAAAGUCGUCACCGCCACCAGCAAGCAUCAUAACGUCGUCGUUUCAAAAAUUUCACAAAAGUCCUACAAAGAAUCUGUGAAAAAUGAGAAAAAGAAUCAAGAGAAAAAUGAGAAAGGAAAGAUUGAUCGGAACAAGUUGUUCUGCAAAAAAUGCAACCGUCUUGGGCAUUUAACACAAAACUGCUUCGCAAAAACGAAACUGAAGCCACCAACAAGAACUCAAGUGGUUGAAGUCGAAAACUUGACUGUCGGAGCCGUGAAUGAAACAAAACGGAACCUGCGAGUACUGGUCAAUGAGAAAGAAGUGGAAUUUCAAUUGGACACAGGCAGUCAAAUAACUCUCAUCAAUAGAGAGACGUGGAUUAUGAUUGGUAAACCAAAACUGGAAGCAGUCACUAAUCGUAUAUUGUGCGCAAACGGGUCCGCUUUAAGGGAUCUAGGGCAAGCACGUGUUUCGUUCAGGCUCAAGGGUUUUGUAUACGUGGAAUACGUGCACACACAUUUCGAAGACGUCAUUGUUCUGCCCCCAGGAGAUAUCGACGUAAGAGAUCCUGUCAGAAGUUAUACUCUAACAGAAACGGCUGGAUAUGAAUAG